AUGUGGAUCGUCAACUGGUUCUACGAUGUGCUGGCCUCUCUUGGCCUGCUGAACAAGCACGCUAAGCUCCUUUUCCUUGGUUUGGACAACGCCGGAAAGACCACCCUGCUCCACAUGCUGAAGAACGACCGUGUGGCUGUCCUCUCACCGACUGCUCACCCUACCUCCGAAGAGCUCGCCAUUGGCAACAACCGUUUCACUACCUUCGAUCUGGGUGGUCACCAGCAGGCUCGUCGUCUAUGGCGCGAUUACUUCCCCGAGGUUAGCGCUAUUGUAUUCCUGGUAGACGCUAAGGAUUAUGAGCGUUUCCCCGAGUCCAAGGCUGAGCUCGACGCUCUCCUCGCCAUGGAGGACCUCGCUAAGGUCCCCUUCCUCGUCCUCGGAAACAAGAUCGAUCACCCCGACGCUGUAAGCGAGGAUGAGCUGCGCCACCAGCUCGGUCUGUACCAGACCACUGGUAAGGGCAAGGUCCCUCUCGAGGGUAUCCGCCCUAUCGAGCUCUUCAUGUGUUCCGUGGUUAUGAGACAGGGAUACGGAGAGGGUAUCCGUUGGCUUUCCCAGUACGUCUAA